UUGUUUUGUCCUGCUGUUUUUAAAUGAAGUAAAAAUGCCAGUAAGACCAGAUCUCCAGCAGUUGGAAAAAUGCAUCGAUGAAGCUUUAAGAAAAAAUGAUUUCAAACCUCUGAAAACUCUUUUACAAAUUGAUAUUUGUGAAGAUGUUAAGAUUAAAUGCAGCAAACAGUUUUUCCGCAAGUUGGAUGACCUGAUGUGCAGGGAACUUAAUAAAAAGGAUAUCCAAACUGUUUCAACCAUUUUGGUUUCCAUUGGAAGAUGUGGCAAAAAUAUCAGUAUAUUGGGACAAGCUGGACUUCUGACUAUGAUAAAACAAGGACUAGUCCAAAAGAUGGCUUCCUGGUUUGAAAAAUCCAAGGAGAUUAUUCUAAGUCGAGGAAAUUCAAAUGAUGUUAUAAAUAUGGUGGAAGACUUAUUUGAUCUUUUGAUGGUCAUACAUGAUGUCAGUGAUGAAGGUGAAAGACAAGUAGUGGAAUGUUUCGUACCUCGAAUUUGUGCCCUGGUUAUUGACUCAAGAAUGAAUAUUUGUAUUCAGCAGGAGACUUUAAAAAAAAUGAAUGCUAUGCUUGACAAAAUGCCUCAAGAUGCCAGGAAAAUGCUUUCUAACCAAGAAAUGUUAAUUCUCAUGAAUAGUAUGGGAGAAAGGAUUUUAGAUGCUGGAGAUUAUGAUUUACAGAUAGGCAUCAUAGAAGCUUUAUGUAGAAUGACCACAGAAAAACAAAGACAAGAACUGGCAUGUCAGUGGUUUUCCAUGGAUUUUAUUGCUAAUGCAUUUAAAGGAAUUAAAGACUCUGAAUUUGAAACAGAUUGCAGGAUAUUUCUCAAUCUUGUAAAUGGCAUGCUUGGAGACAAGAGAAGGGUCUUUACAUUUCCUUGCUUAUCUGCAUUUCUUGAUAAAUAUGAGCUGCAAAUACCAGCAGAUGAAAAACUUGAGGAAUUCUGGAUCGAUUUUAAUCUUGGGAGCCAGACUUUAUCAUUCUACAUUGCUGGAAAUAAUGAUGAUCAUCAGUGGGAAGCAGUCACUGUGCCUGAGGAAAAAGUACAAAUAUACAGCAUUGAAGUGAGAGAAUCAAAGAAGCUACUGACCAUAAUUCUGAAAAAUAUACUAAAACUUAGUAAAAGAGAAGGGAAAGAAUUGCUUUUGUAUUUUGAUGCAUCAUUAGAAAUCACUAAUGCAACUCAAAAAAUUUUUGGUGCAAAUAAAUAUAGGGAAUUUACCAGAAAACAAGGUAUUUCAGUUGUCAAAACAUCUGUGCAUAUACUUUUUGAUGCAAGUGGAUCACAGAUUCUAGUGCCAGAAAGUCAAAUCUCAUCAGCCAAAGAAGAAUUUGUUAGUUUAAAAGAAAAAUCUAACCCCCAAAAGGAAUUUGCUAAAUCUCCAAACUAUAUCAAAAACAGUAAUCAAGAGGACAGAAAAAAUAGUCAGCUUGAGAAAAUUACUCCUAGCAAAAGAAAAAUGUCUGAAGCGUCAAUGAUUGUUCCUGGUGCAGAUAGAUACAUUGUGAGAAGUCCAAUACUUUUGACCAACACGUCAACACCACGAAGACGAAAAAGAAUUAAACCACCACUGCAAAUGAUGAGUUCUGCGGAAAAAUCUGGUGUUUCUAAAACACUGGAAAAUGGAGCAGAUAAUGCUAUAUCACUUAAAUCUAGAUCAUCUGAAGGAAGAUAUAGCGGAGAUAAUACAGACAAACAUAUCAAAACUGCUAAAGUUGUAGAAAAGAGAGAAAAUAAGGACACUGAAUUCCCAAACCAAAAUUUUAAUGAACUCCAGGACGUUCCUGAUUCACAGGCAGUGGGAAAAAUAGAUAAACCCAUAUUACCUGGUGUUUUAGACAACGUCUGUGAAAAUAAAAUGCACUCCAAAUUGGCAUGUUGGACACCUGUAACAAAUAUUAAACUAUGUAAUAACCAAAGAGCAAGUAUUUCAUCAGGAGACACAUUCAAUCAAGAUAUUGUUAUCAACAAAAAUCUUGCUAACCCAAAAUCAUCCUCUUCGAUAUCUGAUAAUUCUGAAGAAACUGGAAAGGUGAAAUAUACGAAAGAAAUAGUGGAGCAUAACAAAAUAGAUAAAGCAGAAGUAGAAGUUUGCAAAAGAAACAAUCAACAACAGAAUCAUUCUAAAUAUUCAGAGCAGAACAAUACUGAAAACACUAAGCAGAGUGACUGGUGUAUUGAAUCUGAAACUACUUUUAAAUCAGUUCUCCUAAAUAAGACUGUUGAAGAAUCUCUGAUCUAUAGGAAGAAAUACGUAUUGUCAAAAGAUAUGAAUACUGCUAUUUGUAAUAAAAGCCAUUCUCCUAGAAAAAAUGUGAAAAGUCUUAAAAAAUCGGGGAAAGAAUGGACUUCUAAACUCAAUUCCUGGGAUUUGAAAGAAAAAAAAAUGAGAGAAGAGUCCAAAGAGAAGGGAUUUACUGAUGCAGCACAAUCUUUGAUAAGGCAAAUUAAUAAGAGAUACAAACCAAAAGAUAACAUAAAGUCUACAAGAAAAUUAAAGGACUCUUGGAUUGAUAGUGGCUUUCCAAACAAAUCUGAUGUACAGCUUAGUAAGGAAAAGGUUCAGAAAAAAAGUUAUAGAAAACUGAAGACUACUUUUGUUAAUGUUACUUCUGAAUGCCCAUUGAAUGAUGUUUACAAUUUUAAUUUGAAUGGAGCUGAUGAACCUACUAUAAAACUUGGAAUCCAAGAAUUUCAAACUACAGCUAAAGAAGCCUACGUGGAUAAUUCAAUUAAAUUGGUAGGUUUGCAGAAUCAUGAUGAACUUGAACCUUCUCUCAAAACAAAAGAUAAAAGAAUUAUAACAAAUCAUAAAAAGAAAAAUCUCUUUAGUGAUACUGAAACAGAAAACAGAUGUGACGACAGCAAGACUGAUAUUAGCUGGCUAAAAGAACCAAAAUCAAAACCACAGCUAAUAGACUAUAGUAGAAAUAAAAAUGGGAAGAAACAUAAAAGUGGGAGAUCAAGACCAUCCUUGAAAAAGGGACAACCAAGAUCUAAAAUGACAUCUAGUAAAAACAUCACCAAAAAGGUAGACGAGGCAGUUCCAGAUAGGAGAACCAGACUUCCACGAAGAGCAGCAAAAACUAAAAAAAACUAUAAGGAUCUCUCAAACUCAGAAUCAGAGAGUGAAAAAGAAUUUUCACAUUCAUUUAAAGAGGAAUUGCUAGUAAAGGAGGAGAAUAUUCAUUCAAGAACCGCAACCAUAAAGCUGCCAAAAAAACAAAAGAAAGUCUCCUGUACUGAAACACCAAAGGAACUAUCAAAAGAACGGAAAAACUCACCUCUACUAAAAAAUACUAUAAGAGUUAAUAGCCUUGAUGUAUCUCCUGUGUCUUUAUCUGGCAGUCCAUCAUCUAUAGAAGUAAUGAGAUGUGUAGAGAAAAUAACAGAAAGGGAUUUUACUCAAGAUGAUGACAAUGUAACAAAAUCUAUAUCACCUAAUGCAAAAACUUCAUCACCUGAAUCCUUAAACAGUAGCAAUGGAGUUGGAGGUCCAAUAAAGUCACCCCAAAAUAAUGAGAACUUACUGUGUGCAGGUGACAGUUGCUCACCAACUCCACAACCACUCUUUUGGUAUACCACCCUGCAAAUCUCCAAACCUAGCCACAUUGAACGUGUUAGUCGCAAACGAAUGUACAUAGAAGAUAAUCUAAGUAAUUCCGAUGAAGUAGAAAUACAAAAGGAAGAAGAAAGGAGAGCAAACUUGCUUCCCAAAAAACUGUGUAAAACCAAAGAUGCGGAUCAUCACACCUUCAAAAUGUCUGAAAGUAUAUCUCCAUUGUCAACAAAUGAUUUUUCUAUUCCUGUGGAGAAGUGGGACAGUGAAAUUUCAAGUGUAGUGAUUGGUGAGAAGCUCAAUUCAGAAUUGCAGAGGAAAAUUAAUAUCCGACAUAAAAUGGUGGAUUAUUUUACUAAGCAGUCUUGGAAAACAGCUCAGCAGCAUCUGAAAACAAUGAACCAUCAAAUUCAGGAGUAUAGGAUUAAAAAGCUUGAUGAAUUCCAAUUUAUAAUCCUAGAGGAGAUGGAGAAUUUUGAGAAAGAUUCACAGUCUUUGAAAGAUUUGGAGAAGGAAUUUGUGGACUUUUGGGAAAAGAUAUUUCAGAAGUUCAGUGCUUAUCAAAAAAGUGAACAGCAGAGGCUUCAUCUUUUGAAAAUUUCUUUGGGUAAAAAUGUCUUCUCUAACACCGAAUAUGAAGAAACUAUUUUUACAUCUGAGAUGUGUUUGAUGAAAGAAAACAUGAAAGUGCUGCAAGACAGGCUUCUUAAGGAAAUGCAAGAAGAACAGCUUCUUGAUGUACGAAGAGGACUGAUGUCAUUAUUCAUGGCUCAUGGAAGAAAUGUUAAUGUGUGAAAUCUAGUUGUUAUCAACAUGUUUUAGCUAAUUAUUCUUUUUGUGUGUAUAACUGAGGAAAUAACAGAGUUGCCCACAAAGAGAAACAUAGACAUCACCCAGGCAAGUGUACCUUUGCAGGAACCCCCAGAUUCAAAGGAAUAUCUUCUUAUGGAUGAGAAAGAACCACUAUAAUAUGAUUCUAAGCCCAAAAAACUUUUUUUGUCUACAUAAUACUCUUAUUUUUUGAGAGAAAAAGUUUCAGGAAAUCAAACUGUAAAAGGAAUGGGCUUACUUUUGUAGUAAUAUUUGCAUUAGGCAAAUAUUAUUAACUGUACUCACAAAACUAUUUUCUUUAAUAGCUCAGAAUGUACAAAAUUUAGCCACACUUUGAAGGGGA